AUGAAUGAGAAUGAGUCCAUUUCAGAUUACUUUACAAGAACUUUGAGUAUUGUAAAUCAAAUUAGAAGGUAUGGUGAAAAUCUUGAUGAUGUACGUAUGAUAGAGAAGGUUCUACGGUCACUAAGUUCCAAAUUUGAGCAUGCGGUUGUUGGCAUUGAAGAAUCGAAGGAUCUUAAUACCAUGACAGUUGAUCAAUUAAUGGGCACGCUUGAAAUACAUGAGCAAAGGAUAAACAAGAAAGCCUCUAAUUCCCUUGAGCAAGCUCUCCAAUCUAAGCUUUCUUUCAAGGAAGAAAAAGAGCAAGGCACAUCCCAAAGAGGAAAAGGAAGAGGCUCUGAAGGUCAUGGUAGAGGCUAUGAAAGCCAUGGAAGAGGCUAUGAGAGCCAUAGUAAAGGUCGUGCAAGUAGAGGUAAAGGUAGAAGAAACACUAUUGGAGGUAGAAGAGGAAAAAAUUUAUAUGCUCCAAGAGAAAGAGGAAGAGAAAGAGGAGGAGGAAAUUACAACCGUUCAUUCAAUAGGCAUGGCUAUGACAAGAGAAAUGUGGAAUGCUACAAUUGUCACAACUUUGGGCACUAUAGCUAUGAAUGUAGAGCAAAGUCAAGCAAUGAAGUUGGUGAGCAAGUGAACUAUGUUGAAAAAGAGAGCAAUGAAGUGGGUCCUACUUUGUUGGUAGCUUAUAAUGGGUCUGAAAAUGAUCAAAGCAAUGUGUGGUUUCUUGAUACCAGGCUAGCAAUCACAUGUGCGGCUAGAAGCAUAUCUUUGUUGAACUUAAUCAAGCAGUGCAAGGCCAUGUUACAUUUGGUGACUCCUCCAAAAUUUCGGUGA